GGCUUAGUUUAUGUCUCGGUUUAUUUAGCCUGUAAGCCACUGGUAGGACAGACAGGCACAGUGGUAUUUAGUAAUAAUCCCGUUCGUUCUUAGCAGGGCAGAGUUGACACUUCGGUCACGCUGUUUUGCGCGUAAUCGGACUUUUCAUCUUUCCAGUAAACUCUAGGCCUAUAACAGUUUGGUGCGCGCAAAGGCAAAAUGAACUGCUACAUCAGCCGGUUUUUGCGUUGUCCUGUCUAAAAGGCGAUCUGCAAUCAGAGCUCAGAAAAUACCUAGGAUUUUUUUGGAAGCGUCUGAGCAUCUCUCGCGUUAUCACGUCCAGGUGGAUCGGUGUCUCCCUUUCAUUUUGGCAAGCCUGUCAUGCUGCCUAAAGUCGAGUCGGACUGCCUGGGACUCGCUCGAUCGCAUGGGGAGCAGGGCCAUAUUCCUGCAAACAUGCAAGCCCCACAGUUUAAAAUGAUGGACUAUUCCUAUGACGAGGACCUGGAUGAGAUGUGUCCCGUGUGCGGAGACAAAGUGUCUGGGUAUCACUACGGCCUGCUCACCUGUGAGAGCUGCAAGGGCUUCUUCAAGCGCACUGUGCAGAACAACAAGCGCUACACAUGUAUCGAGAACCAGAGCUGUCAGAUAGACAAGACUCAGCGCAAGCGCUGCCCGUACUGCCGCUUUCAGAAGUGCCUCACCGUCGGCAUGAAGCUGGAAGCCGUGAGAGCGGACCGGAUGCGAGGCGGUCGCAACAAGUUUGGCCCGAUGUACAAGCGGGACCGCGCACUCAAGCAGCAGAAGAAAGCGCUGAUCCGUGCAAGCGGCCUCAAACUGGAGGCCAUGAACCACGCCAUGCAGACUGCACCCGCUGACCUCACCAUCUCCUCCGCCAUACAGACUAUCCACUCAGCUUCCAAAGGCCUGGCACUGAGCCACCAUCACCACCAUCAUCAUCACCAACAUCAUCAACAUCACCAGCAUCACCAGCCCACAGUAGACUACGAUCGCAGCCCCUUCGUCCCGUCACCCGUUAGCAUGGCCAUGCCGCCACAAAGCUAUCAAGCCUACGGGCACUUUCAAAGCCGGGCCAUAAAGUGCGAGUACCCUGAACCAUACGCCAGCUCACCCGAAUCGUUAAUGAGCUACGCGUACGCAGAGGCGCCAGGCUUUCCACGCUUGGUAGCCGAGCUGCUAAAGUGCGAGCCGGACGAGCCACAGGUGCAGGCCAAGAUCAUGGCUUACUUGCAGCAGGAGCAGGCCGGACGCAGCAAGCACGACAAGCUCAACACGUUUGGCCUCAUGUGCAAGAUGGCAGACCAGACGCUCUUUUCUAUCGUCGAGUGGGCGCGAAGCAGCAUCUUCUUCCGCGAGCUAAAGGUUGACGACCAAAUGAAACUUCUUCAGAACUGCUGGAGCGACCUCCUCAUCCUUGACCACAUUUUCCGGCAGGUGAUGCAUGCCAAAGAGGGCUCCAUCCUGCUGGUUACGGGGCAACAGGGACUGACUGAGAGUGACGCGGUGGAUUACGCCCUAAUUGCAUCCCAAGCUGGGGCCACACUCAACAACCUCCUGAGUCGCGCACAGGACCUGGUGAGCAAGCUGCGCGCCCUCCAGCUGGACCAGAGGGAGUUCGUCUGCCUCAAGUUCCUGGUGCUGUUCAGCUUAGACGUGAAGAACCUGGAGAACUUCCACCUGGUGGAGAGUGUUCAGGAGCAGGUGAACGCAGCACUGCUGGAUUACGUCAUGUGCAACUACCCACAGCAGUCGGACAAAUUCGGCCAGCUGUUGCUCCGGCUGCCAGAGAUCCGGGCCAUCAGCCUGCAGGCCGAGGAGUACCUGUACUACAAGCACCUGAACGGCGACGUACCCUGCAACAACCUGCUCAUCGAGAUGCUGCACGCUAAACGCGCCUGAAUCCACACAGCAGUUCUGAACCAGCACUACGCACCCACUGCUCCCAGAAAACCCUCCCUCCCUCUUCAUCCCUGUCCAGCAUCAUCAGCACCCACAGCCUUCACACAUGCACUCAGUGGCCUCGGAGAGAUGUUUAUGAGGUGCUGCGCGGUUCAUGCUGAUUUCCUGAUUUGGGCCAAAACGGAGGACGAGGGGAGGGGGGGGGCGGCAAUUACUUGAAAAUGAGAAUUUGGCUCACAGGGAACUUUCCAGCUCCUCGGUCGGACCGAAUAAACAAUACAGAACGGUGAUGUAAGGCCUUCUGAUAUUGGUGCAGCUGAUAACUGAUUAUCACCUGUAUUGUGAGCAGCUAAACAAAAUAGCAUUUCUUUUCACACCAAGGGCAGAGAAAUAGAGUCUGGAUUGAUGUCUCAUCUGUUUUUAAGAUGCUGCCAACAUUUACAUUUGACCCGUUUAUCAGUAACAUCUGUGGAGUGAUAUAACCUGGAUCUGCGCUGCCCAGAGACUGAGGCAGACCCUCCUCAACACGAUCAUGUUGGCAUAAGCAAAUAACAAUAAACAAUGUGUAUUCAAAAACAGCAGACAUUUCUUCCUUUAAAUACAGAGGCUUGUUAAUUCUACAGUUUGCAACCCUUUUAGCUCAAACAUCAUCUAACAUAUUAAACAGCUCGUUAGUCUCAUUAGCCUAAAACUAACGAGCUUUCAAUGAGAGAACACUAAAAUCCUCCUGUUACCCUUCAGUUCCCGUCUCUCAUCAGCCAGGAUGAAGAAAAACUGCCUCAGAUAAUCCAGACCAAAGUCUGCUGCAGAACAAAACCAACGAAAAAACACCUGACCUUAACUAUCAGUAUUAUAAAUUUGUGAUGUCACAGUUCUGUGAGUUUUGCCUUAUUUCACUACCAUGCUAGCUAACCGUGCUGAUGUGAACUACAUGUACAAAGUAUAUAUAUAAAUAUAUAAAUUUAAAUAAAUAUAUAUAUUAAGUAGUAAUACAACUAAGAAAAUACAAAAGGUGUUUACAUUCAUGUGGUCAUGUGAGAAAGAGCUGUAACGUUAAAUCCAGCUGAGCUAAAUUGCAAAGCAAUUAAUUCUUAAAAAAUAAUUCAUUCAUUAAAAAUAAACAAAAAAAACAAAGGAAAGAAAGAAAUCUGUGUCUGGUUUGCUUUCUCCAGUCUGUACAGUUUUUAUCUCGACCAGUACUUAAUGAUGUCGUGAGACACUAAAAUCAGAGAGGAAUCUCACUUAAUAUUUGUGUUGGUCGUUCGACCACUUUUCAACUGAUUGUGCAUAUUUUUUUCUGUUGUCGUUGUUUUGUGGAACAUUUUUCUGUUCUACUUUCUAAUGUAUGUGACUGCUUAAACUUAAAAAUAAACAUAAUUUAUUGUGUCUGAGUUUGGCCCGUGUGUACAAAUCACAAGGGCGCUCUGAAAAACGUCGUAUUUGUACUUUAAAGCAUGUUUUUAAAAUUGUAUAUACUUAAAAAAGUUCAGGAGCCAAAACUGAUCCGGAUUAAUGAAAUUCAUUCACGUUCAUCAGUUCAUGUUGCUUUAAACUUGAAACCGAUGAGAACUGAAUCGGCGUGAAUAUGACUUCUUCUUUACCGGAACAUUUCCAUCAGUCGUGUGUUCUAUACCAAAGACAGCAUCUGUCCUCUGACUUGUAAUUGCCUGUUGUGCAUCACAAUGAAUGAACGACAGCUCCGAGCUUUUAUCUUCAUCUAUUGAUCGCACUGGCAUUGUGCUCGAGAUCUUACUGAUUAGUGUUGGGACAGUAAUCAUUAUCAGCAUUAUCCAAUGUUUGUUCAAUCAUUAAUUAAAGUGAUUACCUGCUCUCAACUUACUGUAUUUAUUGAAUUUUGACAUGAACACAAAAUAAAAAUUCUUUAUUUAAUAUUAGCA